UGAAGGGCUGCGAUGAAAUUUCAACGCAUGCGCAACACGUGGUGAAUUACCGCGAACUGCAUGUGUUGUGUGUGAUUGUUGACAUUUCUUAAAAAGUGACUUGAAGCUUUUUGUUCUGUAAUUCAAGUUAAUUAGUUGUUAAGAGGUUACGUUUAUCAAAAAAGUAAUACGUAUUUUAUUAAUGGUGUAAUUGUCUCAUGAUCAUUCGUAUGUCAAGAUGGCCACAAUUAUUAUUUCUGAUGAUGAAGAUUCAGCCACUGAUAUAGAAUUUCAACCUACAAAAAAACUAGCUGCAAAUCCAAGGUUUUUUAAAAACAGGAACAAUUCUGAAGACGGUUCUUCUCGUUCAAGCUUUAAGUUCGAAGAAUAUGCAAUUACUGAUGAUGAAUCUGCUAGUGACAGUAGCAUCAAUAAUCAAGUUUCAAAUAGAAAUUCAGCACAACAGGUGUCUUCAGAUAAUAUACAAACUAAUCAAGCUUCAGUUUCAUCAAAUUCAAGUUCUAUAGCUUCAGCUUCAAAUAAUGUACGCCGUCCUAAACCGAUUAGAAUUCCAAAAAAAUUUUUUAAUUGGGCUUUUGAUAAUCCAGAAAAUCGUGGAGAUGUGAAGAAACGAGUAAUAAGUCCUCUAGAAAAUGGUUCAAAAAAAAGAAAUAUUGUGUAUCACAAUUUCUCAGAUGAUGAGGAUGAUAGUAGUUCUUCUGACAGUUUAGAGUUGCCUAAUACGGAUGUCAAAUUACCUCCAACUAUUGCUGCACCAACUCAGCUGAUGAUUGCUGGUGUGAAUGUAAUGUUUCCUUUGAAACCGUAUGGUUCUCAGGUUGCUGUAAUGAAUGCACUAAUACGAGGAUGUACCAAGGGAGAACAUGCCUUAUUAGAGAGUCCAACUGGUAGUGGCAAGACUCUAGCUUUAUUGUGUGGAGCCCUGGCUUUCCAAAGGCACUACGCUGCUCAAUAUCGAGAUUUGUUUCAAGAAUAUGUCAAUCAAUGUUGUGAAAAUUAUGAUAUGGAACAUGAAGAAUCUUCUGAAAAGGAGAACAAAAAUUGCCAGAUUGAAAACAAAAAUUUCUCGGCUGAAACUAAAAAACCUUGUGAAGAACCCAAAAAAAUACCCACAAUUUAUUAUGGAUCUAGAACUCAUAGGCAAAUUGCCCAGGUGAUUAAAGAACUCAAAAGAACAGCAUACGCUGAUGCACGAAUGACAAUUUUAAGUAGCAGAGAUUUUACGUGUCUUCAACAAUCUAAUAGAAAUAAAACAGAACUUUGCAAUGAAUUAUUGGAUCCAUUCAAAAAAAUUGGAUGUCCAUUUUAUAAUGAUCUUAAAAAGCGUUCACUUUCAUAUAAAAUGUUAGAUAAAAUGAUUCCUUCGCCUUGGGAUAUUGAAGAAUUAUAUAAUUUCGGUGAAAAAUUGGGAUCGUGUCCAUAUUACAUGGCAAGAGAUUUAAUGCCUGAAGCACAAAUCGUUUUUUGUCCAUAUAAUUAUUUAAUAGAUCCAUCAAUCAGGAGAAGCAUGCAGAUUAAUUUAAAAGAUGAAAUAGUGAUUCUUGAUGAAGCACAUAACAUUGAAGAUAUUUGUCGAGAUUCUGCUAGUGCUACGUUCAAAGUUGAUGAGCUGGUGGAUAUAGUAAAAGACUGUACGCAAUUAGAAAAAGGAUGUUAUUACACGCAAAAAGAUGAAAUUGCUUCUUUUACUCACGGUAUAAUCGCAUAUUGUGAAGCUUUUCAAAAAUUUAUUGAAUCAAUAAAACUUGAAUGUCAAGAAGGCCAAAAGGAUACAAUGACAAGUAAAUAUUGGUCAGGCAAUCAGUUAGUCGAAUUAAUGGAUAUUAAUCACAUAAGUCAUAAUAGUCACCGGAAUUUCAAACAAGUUGCAUCAAAAGCUAUUGAACAUCACAAUAAAUCUAAAGAACCCUCUAACGACCAUAAUGAAGAAGACAAGAUAGGGAUGUCAUUAAGUAGCACUACUAUUCGCGAGCUUGAAAAAAUAACUUUCUUCAUUGAUAUGUUAACAUCUAAAGACUAUUCAUUAAAUUUUAGAGCUCUUAUUAAAGAAAAAAUCGAAAAAGUCCAUUCAAAAUCACAAAAUCCUCAUUAUGUCAGUCCUACUCAGGGACCUCGAACUCAUCGAGUUCGUAUGCUUGAAUUUUUAUGCAUGAAUCCUGGAGUAAUUUUUUCGUCUUUAGCAAAAACUGCACGAUCGAUUAUCCUUGCAUCUGGAACACUUUCUCCGACAUCUUCAUUUUCCAGUGAAUUAAGUACCAAGUUUCCUAACAUGCUUCACGCUAAUCAUGUGGUACCGAAGGAGCAAGUUUUCAUAAAAGCUAUAUCUCAAGGACCGAAUAAAAUUCCUUUACGAGCAACUUAUCAAAACGUUAACUCUUGGAAGUUUCAAGAUGAAGUCGGACAAGUUCUCAUUGAUGUAUGCGAAACUGUGCCUUAUGGAGUUUUGUGCUUUUUCUCAUCGUACACUGCAAUGAAAACUUUAACAGAUCGAUGGUGGCAGAAUGGAACAAUGACUAAAUUGUUUCAAUGUAAAAAAGUGAUGCAGGAGCCACGAGUUAAUGCUGAGUUAGCUGGAGUUAUGGAUGAAUAUCGUGAAACAAUUCGUACUUGUGAUGAGAAUGAAGAUGGUGUCACAGGAGCUAUCCUUUUUGCUGUGUUUAGAGGUAAAAUUGCUGAAGGAAUAGAUUUUAGCGAUAAUGAAGCUAGAUGUGUUAUAACACUGGGAAUUCCUUAUGCUGUGAGAAAUGAUCCUUCUGUAAAACUCAAAGUGGAUUUCAAUGAUCUUUACCAUAGAGAAAAUAAUCUUCUAAAAGGACAAGAAUGGUAUACUGUGCAAGCUUAUAGAGCUUUGAAUCAGGCACUUGGAAGAUGUAUCAGGCAUAGAAACGAUUGGGGUGCAAUUCUUUUAGUUGAUGAUAGAUUUUUAUUGUCACAUAAUCAAAGCUAUUUACCAAACUGGGUAAGGUCAAUGUGGGCGAAUCGGAAGGCUGAUUAUAAUUUACGUGUGGAACUUCAGCAGUUUGUUAAAGAGCGAAUAAAAGCUGGUGCUGAGCGGUUAUCGAAACCGAUAUAAGUUUGAUAAAACUAUAAAAUAAAUUUAUUAUACUUAGCUGGUCUAUCAAAUUAAAAUCAAAAAAAGGUAAUGAAAGAUAAAUUGAUAAAUCAAAAAUUUAACUACUUAAUGUAUAUAAAAACAUAAC